AUGAGGCUCCAGCUGGAGAAGCAGCUCUUCUUCCUCUCCCUCCUCUGCAUCCUCUCCAAGGUGUGUGCCCAGCUGUGCCAGAGACCAUGCUACUGCCCCUGGGUGCCACCCCGCUGCCCCCGCGGCUCCCCCCUGGUCCUGGACGGCUGUGGCUGCUGUAAGAUCUGCGCCCGGCGCCUGGGAGAGCCUUGCGACUUCCUCCACGUCUGUGACCAGAGCCAGGGCCUCGUCUGUGACUACAGCACAGCGCCCGCGGGGACAGGAGCCACCUGCAACUUUGAGGACGGUGAGGAGGGCUGCGAGGUGAACGGCCGAGUCUAUCGAGAUGGGGAGGUCUUCCAGCCCAGUUGCAAACUCCAGUGCCGCUGCCUGGACGGGGGCUUCACCUGCAUCCCGCUCUGCCAGGAGGACGUCCGGCUGCCCACCGCGGACUGCCCCUACCCGCGGCGCGUGGAUGUCCCAGGGAAGUGCUGCCCAGAGUGGAUCUGCGAGGUUCGGGACCGCCACCUCCUCCGGGAUGCUGGGGCAGGUAAGAUGCAGGACAUGCCAGCGAGGGGAUGCCCACACAGGUCUCUGGGGAUGGUCCCUUCGCCCCAGACCCCCUGCCAGGAGUGGGGCACGGAGUGGAGCGCCUGCUCGGCCACCUGCGGCGUGGGUUUUUCUACCCGUGUCUCCAACCAGAACCGCUACUGCAGGCUGGAGACUCAGAGGCGGCUCUGCAUGGCCAGACCCUGCCCAGCUCUGCCGGCAGCGUCCCGGGCGGCACGCCUGGUGUCCGAAAUAGCCGGGGCCCUGCACGUCCCUAGCGCCUGGCUCAAAAUAUCUCAAGUGGGCUGGCAGCAGGCGCCGAGGGAGCGGCGGAAGCUACCGGACACCGAGGCUCUGCGCUGA